AUGGAGAGGACUGCAGGGGGGACAGGCAAGGGGUCCCUGGGCCCCAUCCUGCGUGCAGAGUAUCAGCUGAGACUCUGGAGGGGGUGCAAUCUCCUGAUGUCCAUGUUUUUUGCUCUGGCAGCUUAUGUCCAGAUCAAUGAUCCCGAUGCCGGCAUGUGGAUUGUGAUCUAUCUGAUCCCAGCCAGUCUCAUUCUUCUGCUCAGCAUAAAUCCAGACAUACCGGGUCAUGUGAUCUGGAAGGCGCUCUCGGACCUCCAUUCCUUAGUCUGUCUGGUUGGAGCUUCCUGUCUGCUAGCUUUUUUACUUCUAUAUGGCAAGAAAAACAUACUCCACGAGGAAGAGGGCAGGGAGCUCUCUGGAUUGGCCAUUAUCGUAUUGUGGCUUCUCCUCUGCCGGAAUUCUGGGAGGCAGUCCGUGGGUGGCCUGAGGCUUCUGAUCGCCAUCUCCAUUUCAAUCUUCCCCUUCAUAACCUGGCUUUAUAUCUACUUCAACAAGGAGAUGAGGACAUCAUGGCCCCAACACUGCAAAACCGUAAUCUGA